UUUAACUAAAUUUUAUAUUUUUAAGUACAAGGUAGGUACGUUUUGUCAAAUCAGAACACAGUUUUCUAUCUUCACUCUUAUUGGUCGUUAAAAGUAUAUCUUGAUUUUUAUUGGUUAUAUGCUGAGCGCGGUAAUAAUAUGUCCAUCGAAAAUUGUACCAAUCCGAAGAAAGUAUUCUCACGACAAGAUUUUAAAAUAAAAUACUAACCGUUUGUUGUGGUUGUGGAUUCCCGAGCUUUCUGUGAAAGAAAUAUGCGUUGAUAUUUACUUUGUUUUGAUUGUUUAAAUUUUCAUAUAGCAUGUGAAAGCAGAAGUAUGCAAUAAAGGAAGAAUUUAAUUUUUCCAUUCAUUAAACAAUAUUUGUUUAAUAAGCGCAAAGAUAUUUUAUUUUUAAUGUGACAUAAUUAAUUGAAAGUUUUAUCACAAGAAGAUGAAUAACACAUUAGAUUCUAUUAGAACUUCUUAUAAUAAUCCUCCAGAUGACAUGUCAUAUUUAUUUGGCAGAGAUCCUAGUAUAUUAGCCUAUGGAAAGAGACCUUGUGUAUUAAAGGAAACUAAGAAAAAUUUACUUUCUGUUUAUGACACUGAAACUCAAAGUGAAGAAUCCAAUUAUACUGUACAAAGUGGUUCUUUAAAUUCAGAAUCAGAAACUUUACAAACAGUUAAAGUAUAUUUACGAAUGAAACCAUUCCCUAAGAAAUUAAAAUUAUCUGAAGAGCAACAAAAUGCAUAUAAAAUUAUUAAUUCCACUACUUUGUUCACAAGAUUGCCUACUUUAGAUAAUAAUACCAGCUGUUUCAAGAGAUCCAAUAGUACCGAUAUUGUAUGUAGAAAGUUUACAUUUACUAAAACCUUUGGACCAGAAACUACUCAGCUGGAAUUGUUUGAACAAUCUAUAAAGCAACAAAUGAUAGAUUUUCUAAAUGGACAGAAUUGUACUAUCAUGACUUAUGGUACUACAAAUUCCGGGAAAUCUUAUACAUUACAAGGGACUACCACAUCCCCUGGAAUAGUACCAAGAUGCUUAGAAUUUGUAUUUUCAAACAUUACACCAAAGUCUACUCCUUCUUAUAAACCUAUGAAUCACUGUGAUAUUGUUAUUUUGGAUCCUCUUGAACGUGCCCAAGAAUUAGAGAUAAAAACCAAGCUACUAACAUUUGCUUCUGUAGAUAAAUAUCAGUUUAUUAACGCUUAUAAAGACAUGCAAAAAUUAUUGCAAGAGGAAUCACCUAUUAGACCUAGUCAAUGUAUUGGUGCACAUUAUUCUGUUUGGGUUUCUUUCGCUGAAAUUUAUAAUGAAAUUGUAUAUGAUCUUUUAUCAAAUGAGUGUCAGAAAAAGAGAACGCCGCUUAAAUUAGCGACAGAUGCCCAUGGAAGAACAUUUAUUAAAGGUUUAAAGACUGUUUGUGUGAACUCUGGUUCUGAGGCUUAUCAAGUUUUAAUGGCAGGACAAUAUAAUUUGAAAGUAGCUGCAACUGCUUUGAAUGCAAGAAGUUCAAGAUCACAUUGUAUAUUCACCAUAAAAUUAUUGAAAUAUUAUAUUGAGAAUGAUCCCAGUUCUGUUGAAGUUAGCACGUUUGCAUUUUGUGAUUUGGCUGGAUCAGAACGAUUAAAAAAAACCUUAAAUAUUGGAGACAGAUUAAAAGAAGCACAAAAUAUUAAUACAAGUCUCCUAGUAUUAGGAAGAUGUUUAAAAACCAUUCAUGAUGGACAGUUAUCGAAACAGAAAAUAGAACAUAUUGGCCCAUUCAGAGAAUCAAAAUUAACAAGACUAUUUCAAAAAGCAUUAUCUGGAAAAGAGUAUAUAAUUUUAAUAGUCAAUAUUAAUCCUAUACCAAAUUUGUACAUAGAAACACAAAAUGUGCUCAAUUUUUCUGCUAUUGCAAAAAAGAUAGUUAUAGAAAAAGAGAAAGUAUGCAAGAAAACUAAAUCGAGAUUUUCACGAAUAGUUACACAAAGCAUAAAAACAGAAACUGAUUGGGAUGCUACAGAACUGGAAAGUGAAGACUGGCAAAAUAUAGUUGAUGAUAACUCUGAUUAUGCUCAGUCAGAAGAUUACAAUGAGUUAAUAAGUGAAAAUAAAAGAUUGAAAAAAGAACUUGCUACUUUAAAAAGUUCUGCAUUGACUCGCGAUCUGCAGAUACGCGAAGAAAUGGCUGACACUUAUACAUCUAUAAUGAAAAAUCUUGAAACAGAAUGGAAGAAUCGUAUGAAAGACGUGGAAGAGCAACAAGAAGAUGUACUUCACUGGUCUGUAAAACAAGUUGAAGAUUUUUAUAAGGAAAAAUUGGAACAGCUUAAUAGUCGUAAAAGAAGACGUUCGUCUGUUUCUAUUAAUAAUUUAGAUCUAGAUGAUGACUCCAAAAACAUUCAAGAAUUAGAAAUUGAAAAUUCACACUUAACGUCGAAGAUCAUCUUGUUAAAAAAUAGCGUGAAGGAACUUAAGGAAGCAAAUCAAAACUUAAUAGCUGAAAAAACUAAAAUAACUUUCGAACUCAGUUUGUCAAAAGAAGAUCUAAAAAAUGCAAACAAUUUAUUAAAUGCAGUUCGAAAGGAUGUCUGUUCGGAUGAAGAUGCAACUUGUUAUGUAGAAGAAUUAAAUUCUCAAUUAUCUGCCAGGGAGGAACAGGUUAAGAAACUUAAGAUAUUUUUAAAUGAAGCAAAACAAGAAUAUAUUGAUAUUACUACAAAAGAGAGAGAAAAAGAACGUAUAAUUAAAGAGCAAGAAGAAGAGUUAUAUGACAAACAGGAAACAAUAGAUGAUUUAGAAGCAGAACUUGCACAUAUUAAUUUGUGUUUAACAGAAGAAACUAAAACAGUUGAUAUAUUUGAAGAAAAAUUAGAAAAUCAAAAUAAAAUUAUACUGAAUUAUGAAAACAAAGUACAAGAUUUGGAAGAUCAAAUACGUAAAUUGGAAAAUGAGAACUUGUUAUUAAAUGAAUUUAAAUUACUUAAAGAAACAGUUGAUACUGCAAAGAACAUAGAACAAGAUUGGGAAUAUAAAGAUAAUGAAUGUAAAGACAUUAAAGGUAGAAAUAUUGCCAUCGAAGAAAAUUUAUCUUCUGAUCUCAAAGUAGAAGUAGUAAUAGUGGAUUCAAAUAAUAAACAUACACAGACAGAACAUAUAUCCGAUGCUCAAAUGGAAGAAACGGUACUGGCAGUAGGCAAAGAAAAUUCUGCUCUGGAAGAAAAAUUAGUUCGAAGUACAACUGAAAUACAAAGUUUAAAGCAAGAACUGGAGUUUGCCAAAGUCAAGUUAAAAGAUAUAUCUGAACAAAUAUGUAAUUUAAGAAUGAAUAGUACACAAUCUAAAAACCGCAAUGAUGAAAGUGUAAAAGAGAAAGUAACGGUAGAAACAGUAGACAUAAGUUGUCAAGCGCACGUAGAAUCUAAUGAAGCUUCUUUACAAACAUCUAAGAACGAUGUAUUCAAUAAAAGUAGUCAAACUAUUGAAAAUAUGAUAAAAGAAAAGGCUAGCCAGACAAGUUUUACUGAAGAGACUGAUGAUUAUGAGAUUAUAUUAGAUAAAUUGACAAAAUUAAUGGUAAAAUACGAUGACAUUAAGACACAGUAUGAAGAAAAAUGUCUGAUGAAAGAAGAAGUGGACCAAAAGGUAUUAGGUUUAGAAGAAAAAAUAGAAAAACUUGUUGAAGAAAAUAAUGAAAGUAAGGCUAAUGUAGAAGAAUAUAAACAAUCGAUUGAUUUGCUUCAGAAAGAACUUUCUUUAAUGAAGCAAGAUAAAAUGCAGGUCCAAGAGAUGUUAAAAAAUGCAAAUAAUAUUAAGGUUUUUCUAAAAACAGAAACUAGUGAUUACGAACAAGAGAGUGAAGAGAAUGAUGGGCAGCUUCCUUUCACUAAAAGUGACUGUAGUGAGUGUACGGAAAAAUUGAACACGUUGCAAGCAGAGUUUGAUAAUCAUAUUUCAAAGUGUAAAAAUGACCACGAAGAAGCAACAAAUAAGUUACAAAGAGAACUUUCAUCCAUGGCAGAAAAGUAUAAUAUCAAAUCGCAGUGUCUCGAUGCUCAUGCCGCUAAAAUAGUAGAGCUAGAACGUAAUCUUGAUAGUAUAACUGAGCUUCAGGAAAAAAUUCGCGAAUUAAAUAAGAAUUUAGAAACAUGUCAAGCUGAAAAAGAUCAACUGCAAAAGUUAUUGGAUGAGAAUAAUGAUAAGCUUUUACAACUUGAAGAUCGUUUGGGACAAGCAGAGGAACAAGAGCGAGAGAAAGAUGCUGAAAUUAUAUCUCUUCAGAAAGAAAUGAAAUUUAUGAUACAAAAACACGAAGAAAAUAAUGACAGAAGCGAUAAAUUAAUGGAAAUAGAAAUGAAGAGUACAAUUAAGAAUCUAACAGAUACGAAAGAAAUGCUUGCUCGAAAGCAAGAAUAUAUCGAACAGUUAGAAAUGCGCGUUAAACAUAGCGAACAAAAUGCCAAAAUAUUAGAUCUUUUAGAACAAACUGCUCAAGAAAGGAAAGAGGAGAACGAAAGGUUAAGAACUGUAAAUGAUGAACUGAGGAAUGGCUUGAUCGAGAAAGAGCGUGAAAUGGAAUCAUUUAUGAAGAAUAGAGAUGAAAUGGUGGCGAAGUAUGAAAGCUUAGUAAAAAGUCAACAAGAAGAGUUGGAAAAGCAAAAGCAAAAGUUAAUAAAGAAUCGUUCUAAAGAUAAAGAGUGUUGUGAAAAUACAUCUGAAGACGAGGUGAUACUUAAAGAUCGUCGAGUAAGACGUCCACCAAAGAAGUUUACACCAUCGUCUCCAAAACAGGAUGAAAUUUCAGUGAUCGAUCUUUCUGGCUCGGAUUCGAAACGAAGUGUAAAACGCACUACUACUUUACCAUCUCGGGAAACAGCUUCGGAAAAGAAGAAAAACACCCGUAAAAAGAAAUUGUACAUUACAGAAGAUGAAUCUUUCCAAGAUAUCGAGCCGCUCGAGAGUACAUUAACUAUCACACCGUCAGUAUCAACUCGUAAAUUAAGAAGCAGACGAAAAUAAUAUAUUCUGCAAUAUAUUAUAUCGUUUAAUGUAUUGUAAAUAGAUUGUGCUAAUUAAGGACAAAUUAAUAAAAAGCAGCAGUAUUUUUGUAUCUUUAAAAUGUAUUUCGUAAUAAAAUACCGUGUUUUUUUUUUAAAAUAUGAUGCCUUUUUUAUUAAUACCAUUACACUCUAAAAAUAUUAAAUUAUGUAAGCAGUUUUAUAAAUAUAAAAGUAUUGACAUUACAUAUUAUACCACAACAUUAACACUCCACAAGUUUAUGUUUUUUGUAUUCCUACAUAGAAGCUUUGGUAUUGGAAGGAACUCUGACAGGUAAAAGAUUUAUCAACUUAUUUAUGGUAUUUUUCAAUUUAUUUUUUACGAGGUACACGACCUUUAUUGUUACAUUCCGCACUUAUAUUAAUUAUUCUCUUAAUAAUUCCGUAAUUAAUGCUUAUCCUCCUUAUAUUCUCAUUAAUAUUCAUAAUAUAUUAUCAUACUUUCAAUGGAGUCAACAACAUAUAUAUAUAUUUUUUUAUUUAUUUAUAUUUUCAUAUGUAUAUUAUGUAUAUCAUUUUAUAUAUACGUAUCGGGUUUACGUUCAUUCUUAUGAGUGAAUGCACUGUACCAUAGGAUAGUUUUUAUUACACAAUUCACAGAGUCGUUUUGAAAUAGGGGGACUGCCGAAGUACACCAUGAUGAUUCAUUUUUUCUUCAUACUCAUUUUUUUUUUCAUUUUUUUUCUUUUGUUGUUUUGGCCAUUGAAGGGAAAGACGUUCAUUUAUCGACAUGUACAUAUUAUUAUAUAUUACUUUCCUGAUCCAUCGUUCUGGCCGCCCAAAAAGAUGAAGGA